AUGGGUAUACAGAAGCAAAAAGUAUCAGUUAUUGGUUCUGGCAAUUGGGGAUCCGCAAUUGCCCGGCUUAUCGGACAGAACGUCAAGAAGCAUUCCGACAUGUUUGAGGAAACCGUUCGAGUUUGGGUGUUUGAAGAAGAAGUCAAUGGCAGAAAACUGACAGAAAUCAUCAAUCAUGAUCACGAGAAUGUCAAAUAUCUGCCAGGGAUCCAACUCCCAGACAAUGUGGUUGCAUUAUCCGAUGUACGAGAAGCAGCACGCGAUGCAAAUAUCCUAGUAUUUGUACUGCCACAUCAGUUUGUUUAUCGAACCUGCGAGAGUUUACGAGGGGUAGCUGACAGCAAUUGUCGAGCCAUAUCGUUGAUCAAGGGCCUAGAUUUCCGAGAUGACGAAAUUCUACUAUUCUCUGACGAAAUAUCUAGAAUUCUUGGUGUUGAAUGUUCUGCAUUAAGCGGUGCUAAUCUUGCUUCAGAAGUAGCCGAAGAAAAGUAUGGUGAAUCAACCAUUGGUACAAAAAAUUUAGAUAUCGACGGCAAAAUUUUGCACAAGCUAUUCCAUACCGAUUACUUCAACAUCUCUGUGAUUGGAGACUAUACGGGACUUCAAAUCUGUGGUGCGCUGAAAAAUGUAGUGGCUAUUGCUGCCGGUAUUAGCGAUGGAUUAAAAUAUGGUAACAACACGAAAUCGGCUUUUAUUCGACGUGGUUUGUUGGAAAUGCGGAAGUUCGGCAAGACAUUCUUUGGAGGUGUUCACACUGAGACAUUCUUUGAAUCUUGCGGCGUUGCGGAUCUGAUUACUACUUGCGCUGGUGGAAGGAAUCGUAAAGUAGCUGAAGCAUUUAUUGGUUCGAACAAGACUAUCGAAGAAGUAGAAAAAGAGCUACUCAAUGGCCAGAAAAGUCAAGGCACCACUACCGCCCUUGAAGUACAUCGAUUUUUGGAGGCCAAAAAGAUGACAAAUGAGUUUCCCUUGUUGACAUCUGUCUAUAAAGUUAUCUAUGAGCGAGCACCAGCUGAAUCUAUCAUAGAUGCGCUUCAGCACUGAAAUAU